AUGAGCAAACUCAACUCCGAUCUCCUUUCACAGGCUGUUGAUGACAUCCUGGCGUUCUCUGCCGGUGAGACCGUCACCAUUAACGGUAACGAAUUAAAGGGCAAGAAGCGCAACUUUAAUGAGACCAUCGAGCUGCAAAUUGCUCUUAAAAACUACGACCCGCAAAAAGACAAGCGUUUCAGCGGUACGUUUAAGCUUCCGACUGUGCCCCGCCCAGGAAUGAAGAUUUGCGUGUUGGGUAACGCUGUGCACUGCGAAAUGGCUGAGAAAGAGGGCUUUGAGUACAUGACGGUGGACGAUCUCAAAAAAUUCAACAAGAAUAAGAAGGUCAUUAAGAAGUUUGCCAAGAAAUACGAUGCAUUCUUGGCCUCCGACACUCUUAUCAAGCAGAUUCCCCGUCUGUUAGGUCCGGGUUUGAACAAGGCUGGCAAAUUUCCCACGUUAGUGACCUCGAGUGACUCAUUGACUGAAAAAGCUGAGGCUGUUCGCGCUACCAUCAAGUUCCAGAUGAAGAAGGUCAUGUGCCUCAAUGUUGCCAUCGGCCAUGUGGGUCUCGACAAGCAACAGAUUGUGGUAAACACGCAGCUGGCUGCCAACUUUUUGGCCUCGUUGCUAAAAAAGAACUGGCAGAAUAUCAAGGUGCUGUAUCUUAAGUCUACGAUGGGACCUGCAGUCCAAAUCUUUUUCUAG